CUGUGUGCAGGGGGACAGCUUUCGGGUUUUGUUGUACCAGACUGUAGUUACAUGUUGCCAAGCUGCUAUAUUCCUCUAUCCGUUCACGAUUUGUCGUUUACAGAACAGACAGGGUUAAAGUCCAUGUGUCUCAUAUUUGUCCUUUAAGUAUGAAGCCACAGCCACUGUUACUGUUAGCUUAGCUUAAAGACUGGAAAUAAGACAUUUGAUCAGUUAAGUCAUGGAAGUCGCUCCUACAUUUUUGUUCCUGCUGUCCGUCUGUCUGCGCGUUUCUCUGGGGGCUGAUUGGGAGUUUGAGGACACUAAUUUUACCUACCUCGAUGAUGCAAUCGACUACAAGGAUCCCUGUAAAGCUGCUGCCUUUUGGGGAGACAUUGCCCUUGAUGAAGAUGACCUCCGCAUGUUCAGAGCCGCCCACAGCAGUGAUGGUGCACAGCACACCGUUCAGACCAACCUCACGGACUCAGUUAACAGCUCCGCUUCCUCUGAGAGUGUCAGGAGUAAGAGAGCUGCAGACGUACAGAGUCUCCAUCGUCGGAGGAGAGCAGCCACCUCCAGGCCUGAGCGAGUGUGGCCAGAUGGCAUCAUCCCAUAUGUGAUCAGUGGGAAUUUCAGUGGCAGCCAGCGAGCGAUUUUCCGUCAGGCGAUGCGUCACUGGGAGAAGCACACUUGUGUAACAUUCAUUGAGAGGACGACUGAAGAAAGCUACAUUGUUUUCACCUACCGACCUUGUGGGUGCUGCUCCUACGUGGGGAGGAGAGGUGGUGGACCUCAGGCUAUCUCUAUAGGAAAGAACUGCGAUAAGUUUGGCAUUGUGGUGCAUGAACUUGGCCAUGUGAUUGGCUUCUGGCACGAACACACACGCCCGGACCGUGACGAGCACGUAAGCAUCAUCAGAGACAACAUCCAACCAGGACAGGAGUAUAACUUCCUGAAGAUGGAGCCAGGCGAGGUCGACUCACUUGGGGAGGUGUACGACUUUGGCAGCAUCAUGCAUUAUGCGAGGAAUACAUUUUCCAGAGGCGUCUUCUUUGACACGAUCUUGCCUCGUUAUGAUGUCAGUGGAGUCAAGCCGCCUAUUGGACAGAGGACCAGGCUAAGCAAAGGAGACAUCGCACAAGCCCGCAAACUGUACAAAUGUGCAAGGUGUGGGGACAACCUGCAGGAGAGCUCUGGAAACUUCUCUUCUCCUGGUUUUCCAAACGGCUACUCGGCAUACGCUCACUGUGUGUGGAGGAUCUCUGUCACUCCUGGAGAGAAGAUUGUUCUGAAUUUUACUUCCAUGGACCUCUUCAGGAGUCACUUGUGUUGGUACGACCACGUGGAGGUCCGAGAUGGAUUCUGGAGAAAAGCUCCUCUGAAAGGCCGUUUUUGUGGAGACGCACUUCCAGAGCCAAUCAUCUCAACUGACAGUCAGCUGUGGAUUGAAUUCAGAAGCAGCAGCUGCUGGGUGGGAAAAGGCUUUUCAGCAGUCUAUGAAGCCGUCUGUGGGGGAGAGGUGAAGCGAGAAGGAGGCCAGAUCCAGUCCCCUAAUUAUCCCGAUGACUACCUGUCCAACAAAGUGUGUAUUUGGAAAAUUGCAGUAGCGGAGGGUUUCGAUGUCGGCCUCUCCUUUCAGUCGUUUGAGAUUGAGAGACACGACAGCUGUGCCUACGACUACGUGGAGGUGAGGGAUGGCAGUUCGGAGAGCAGCCCGCUGCUCGGUCGCUUCUGCGGCUAUGACAAACCGGACGACAUCAAAAGCAGCUCCAACCAGCUCUGGCUGAAGUUUGUAUCUGAUGGGUCGGUCAGCAAAGCUGGGUUUGCAGCCAACUUUUUUAAAGAAAUGGAUGAGUGCUCCAGACCUGACAACGGUCACUGCGAACAGCGCUGCGUGAACACGCUGGGCAGCUACAGAUGUGCUUGUGAUCCUGGAUAUGAGCUGUCAGCUGACAGACGAAGCUGUGAGACAGCUGCCUGUGGCGGAUUCGUUACCAAGCUGAAUGGCUCCCUCACCACCCCCGGGUGGCCCAAAGAAUACCCUCCCAACAAGAACUGUGUGUGGCAGCUGGUGGCGCCCAUUCAGUAUCGCAUCACUCUGGUUUUUGACGUAUUCGAGAUUGAAGGAAAUGAUGUGUGUAAAUAUGAUUAUGUGGAGGUGCGCAGCGGGUUGAGUUCAGAUUCAAAUCUUCAUGGGAAGUUCUGUGGAGCAGAGAAACCUGAGGUAAUCACCUCCCAACACAACAACAUGAGGAUUGAGUUCAAGUCUGACAACACAGUCUCCAAAAGGGGCUUCAAGGCUCACUUCUUCUCUGAUAUAGAUGAAUGUUCCAAAGAAAACGGAGGCUGCCAGCAUGAGUGUGUGAACACCUUUGGAAGCUACAGUUGUCAGUGCCGCAGCGGCUUCAUGCUGCAUGAUAAUAAACACGACUGCAAGGAAGCGGGCUGUGAUCAUGUUAUUAACAGUGUAUCAGGCACGAUAAGUAGCCCCAACUGGCCUGAUAGAUAUCCCAGCAAGAAGGCCUGCACUUGGUCUCUGUCCACGACCCCAGGCCAUCGUAUCAAACUUGCUUUCAAUGAGAUCGACAUGGAGGCUCAUCUGGAGUGUGCUUAUGACCAUCUAGAGAUUUACGACGGUCAAGACAUGCGUGUCCCAAGUCUCGGGCGCUUCUGUGGCACCAAAAAGCCAUCCCCAGUCAUCUCAAGUGGCAACAAAAUGUUCCUGCGUUUUAUCUCAGACAACUCAGUGCAGAAGAGAGGCUUUGAAGCUUCAUACGGAGCAGAAUGUGGAGGAAGCCUUAAAGCCGAGGUCAAGACAAAAGAUCUCUACUCUCAUGCCCAGUUUGGAGAUAACAACUACCCCAGUGGCUCCGACUGUCUGUGGGUGGUCUCUGCUGAAAAGGGUUACGGAGUGGAGAUCACGUUCCAAGUGUUUGAGAUUGAGGAGGAGGCAGACUGCAGGUACGAUUACCUGGAGCUGUACGACGGCCCGGACGUCAAGUCUCCAAGGCUGGACCGAUAUUGUGGAUCUGGGGCCCCAGAGGAGGUCUUCUCAGCUGGAGACGCCUUAGUUUUAAAGUUUCAUUCGGAUGACAGCAUCAAUAAAAAAGGCUUUCAUGUACGCUACACAAGCACAAAGUUCCAGGACACGUUGCACGCAAGCAAGUGACUCUCUAAAAUUGCCCUGAACCUAAAUGGAGACUUCACCCCUAACAUUUGGGUGGGACACACCCAUUUCCAGACGAGGACUGAAUGCAUGUAUUGACACCACAAACAACAACCCACGUACUUUAAAUUCACAUCUGUUAGAACGGGUGAAGCCACGCAGAGAAACUGCAUCUUUACUCUGCUCCAUUGCAUAGCUAUGUAGGAUAAAAGGCAAGGACUAGUUUGCAGUGAUUGUUUCUUGUAAAUUCAGUCACAUCAUAACAUUGUGUUAAGAUAUAAAAUGUAUAUAUUGUGAUAUAGAUUGCCUUUUUUUAUCGUAAUGUCAUUUGUGUUACUUUCUACUGUCUGCACUUAAGUUGGAUAACAAUGAAUGUGAUGCAUUUUGUUGUAAUAUGUAACUAGACAAAUGCACAUAAUGAGUAUGGAGGACAAAAAAUGUGUUCUAGCAACACAUCCACCCAAUAUUUUCCCUUUACAUCUCAGACUACAUGCUUAGUAAAAAGUUUCUACACUGUCCCAAAAGCCCAACGACAGCCACCUGAAUAUCUUGUUUUUGCUUACCCCCAGUGAUUUUGCUCUUAACUCACUCCAGUGAUGUGUAGUUGUACUCUGGAUGGUGUCAGUACAAUGUAAAGUCACUGGUAGGUGUGGUUACAGGUGCAACAGAAAACACAGCUGUUACUGCUAGGAGAAACAUGAUAUUUCAAACCAACAUGGACACAACAUGGCUUGGAUCAAAAAGAGAUCGGAGGUAAGAAGGUAUCAUUAAUAAGACUCAUGUCCAGUCUUAUUAAUGAUACCUUCAC